AUGGAGACCUCGGCGAUGUCGACGGCGUCGGUGAUGGGGUCCGGCUCUUCGUCGUCCGGCUCUUCGUCGUCCUGCUCUUCGGACAGAGCCUCGGGCUCAUCUAGCGGGGCGGCCGGGAGAGGCUCGCCUCGAGGCGGCCGGCGCAAGCGGCCGGCGCAAGCGGCCAUCCGUGACGGCCUCGUGAACUCGUACGAAGACAAGGUCAAAGACUUCUUGUGCCCCAUCUGUUUCGACACGAUGGAAGAGGCGUACAUCACCAAGUGUGGCCACAGCUUCUGUGGCAAAUGCAUCCGUCGGAGUCUGGAGGAGACGAAUCGUUGCCCAAAUUGCAGAUACCUCAUUGAGCAUCCAACCCACAUAUUUCCCAACUUCCUCUUGAAUGAGCUGAUCCUGAAGCAGCGUCAGCGGCUUAAGGAGAAGAGAAUUAAGAUGGAACAACCGAGCGGCCAGCAGUGGCACCCUAUCCAGGAGUUGCUGGCGCUGGAACAAGAUGGCCUGGAGCUCGCCGACGUGAACCGCAUUCUGGAGCUGCUCACGGAGAAGAAGAUGCGGCUGGAAGCGGAGUCUACAGUGGCACAACACCAGCUGCUGAUUGAAUUCCUGCAGCAGGUUCAGCGCGGCAAGCAGGCGCAACUGGAUCAGUUGUCGAAGGAGCUGAGCGUCCUGCAGGGCGAUAUGCGGCACGUCGAGGAGCUGAUGCAGAAACAGCACGAAGCCGUGGUGCCCCAAGUGCCCCAGUUGCCAGAGACCCCAUCGACCAGCGGUUGUCUGGUGGACUCGGAUCACCCCUUCCCUGCAUUCACGGACAGCGCUCGGGUGAAGCGGUUGCUGUGCCACGGGACUGACUCAAUGGCGGCAAGGAGGCGGAAACUGUCGGCGCAUUUCGACGGCCUGGAGCGGUGCUACUCUGCCCGCCGCCUGUCGUCGCCCCCGGAUGAGGACAAGCGCGGAGAGCUGGAGGAGUUCCAGGACUGCCUGGCGAAGUUCACGCGCUACAGCUCCGUGCGCCCGCUCGCCACGCUCUCCUACACCAGCGACAUCUACAAUGGCUCCAGCAUCGUGUCCAGGACUCUGAAGAUUGGCCACCGGAGAGCCGUCUCGUACGCCAAGUUCGUGAGCGGCGAGGAGAUCGUCUCUGCCUCGAUAGACGGCCAGCUGAAGCUGUGGAGCGUGAACAAGCCCCGCUGCACGCGCUCCUUCAGAGGCCACGUCAACGAAAGGACCUUUGGGGGGCUGGCCACCAACGGGGACUACGUCGCUUGCGGGAGUGAGGACAACUCGCUGUACGUCUACUACAAGGGCCUCUCCGAGGUGUCGCUCACGUUCAAGUUCGACGUGGCGAAGGGCGCGCUGGGGAUGGAGAGUGAAGGGGACGGGAGAGAGUUUGUGAGCGCCGUGUGCUGGCGGCUGCUGCCGGACGGAGACUCCAAUGUACUUGUAGCAGCCAACAAUCAAGGAACCAUCAAGGUGCUGGAGCUGGUGUGA